AUGUGUGGAAGGUAUGCCCUUGCCUGGAAUCAGGACCAGCUGUAUGACCAGCUAAAGUUGCAGCACGUCCCUGUGAAUCAAAGCAGAUUGGAGUUCAGCCCCUCGUACAACAUCGCCCCGACGCAGAUGGCGCCGGUGUACCAUGGUCAGACAUUAGAGCUAAUGAACUGGGGAGUCGUCCCUCGCCGGAGCCACGCAUCGGAAACGAAUCAGCGGUACAGCACGUUCAAUGCGCGCUCGGAGAAGUUACUAGAGAGCCAGCUGUGGGAACCACUAUGCGCACGCACGCGGUGCGCCGUGCCCAUUACGGGGUAUUACGAGUGGCAGAGUCGAACCAGCGGGCGACAACCGUACUUUGUGCACCGCAAGGAUAAGCAGGUGCUCUUUUUGGCAGGUAUGUACAGUCGAGCGGAGUCCGCGAGCGGUUCCGGCACACUGAGCUAUACAAUUGUCACAGCACCGGCGCCGCGCGAGCUCGCGUGGUUGCACGACCGCAUGCCGGUGGUCUUACGUCCGGAGAGCCCACAGUGGGCGGACUGGCUCGACGCUGGACGUGUGCAGUGGGAUGCUGAAGACCUUGUACGUGUACUCACACCGCAAUUCGACGCAAUGCUCGCUUGGCAUGCGGUGACACCAGACGUCGGCAGAGUGGCCAACAACAGCGCGCGUCUGAUGCGCCCGCUGCCCCCCCGCCCGAGCGUUGUAGAUAUGCUACGCGCUAGUGCUCGCGGCGCAGCAGCUCGCCCACAAGAUAAAGCGAGCCGCAAACGACAAGGUUUGCGUCGCCCCGGGCGGCAGCUGCCGCCCGCAGGGCGUCCAGCGGGUCCGCUACCGCAGACACGUGCGCCGUGUAGCGACGAGCCGCUGCCGCAACGUCCUCGGAGGCCAUAG